CGUGCUGAGGCACCGCCUCCACUCUUCCUUUCUCCUUGAUAGAAAUUGCUGGACGCUGGUGGGAGUUUCGCAGUUAGUCGUCUCUGAAGGCAGAGGUUGCUACUAGCGAGAAGGAUGCCGCGUGGAAGCCGAAGCCGCACUUCUCGGGUGGCCCCUCCGGCCAGCCGAGCCCCUCAAAUGAGGGCUGCUCCCAGAAGAGCACCUGCAGCUCAGCCUCCAGCAGCAGCUGCACCAUCUGCAGUUGGCUCACCUGCCGCUGCACCCCGGCAGCCAGGCCUGAUGGCCCAGAUGGCAACCACUGCAGCGGGUGUGGCCGUGGGCUCUGCCGUGGGGCACACCCUGGGUCACGCCAUCACUGGGGGCUUCAGUGGAGGAGGUAACGCUGAGCCCGCAAAGCCUGACAUCACUUACCAGGAGCCUCAGGGAUCCCAGCUGCUGGACCAGCAGUCUCGUGGGCCUUGCUCUCUUGAGAUCAAGCAGUUUCUGGAGUGUGCCCAGAACCAGAGUGACGUCAAGCUGUGUGAGGGCUUCAACGAGGUGCUGCGGCAGUGCAGAAUUGCAAAUGGUUUAAUCUAAUCAAGAAAUUCAAACUGAAGAAAUGUAAAUUGGCGUUACGAAG